AUGACUAUCGACACCAAGGUAACCCCAUCUGAGGAUCACUGCUCGAAGCCACUUAUCGUCAUUGCCUGCACGACAAUAAUCGGGCACACACUCCCAUUACUCCCUCAUGCCACCGCGCUGACCAAACAAGGCUUCGACGUCUCCUUCAUCGGCGGUCAAGAGUUUGAAGCUCUCGUCCGCAAAACCGGCGCAACCUUCUACCCAAUAAAAAACCUAUACUCCCCCGAGAGCCUAGACUACGUGAAGACAAUUCCCGAUCGAAUCGCACGCACUGUCUGGAGCCUGAAGACAUAUUUCGUUGACAUGACCGCAUCCAGAAUGAAGUCACUACAAGCCGUCCUGGAAACUCUCCGCGAAAAGCACCCAAACCGUGAGGUCAUUCUCAUCCAAGAGCUCGGCUACAUGGGCACCUGGCCUUUCCUUCUCGGCGCACCCCUACCCAAAGGUUACGAGCGAUUUCCCAAGACCCUCACAUUCUCCACCUCACCCUUGCUCGUCUCAAGUGUCGACACAGCACCGUUCGGCCACGGUUUACCUCCCGACCCCAGCGACGACGGCCGAGCCCGCAACGCUGCCAUGUACGCCACCGAGAAAGCCAUCCGCGAUGAUCUAGUCGACUACACCAAUAGCGUGUUUGCAUCUCUUGGAGCAACGAUGAAAGUAGACCAGUGGUUAUUCGACCUGUGGAGCACGGGUCAUAAUAUCCUCCUACAGCCCUGUUCCCCAAGCUUGGAGUACCCGCGCAGCGACCUUUCGCCCAAGGUCCGGUUCAUUGGCGGCACACCACGCAGGGAAAUCGACCCGACUACAUCCCUGCCUGAAUGGUGGGGUGAGCUGGAGACGAACAGACGGGCCACGAACCCGAAGAAAGUUGUCUUCGCUACCCAGGGUACUGUCAAGAUCCAUUACAAGGACCUGCUCAUCCCCACCGUACAGGCCUUUGCCAACCGAACAGAUGUCAUGGUCAUUGGCGUGCUAGGAGUGAAGGGCGCAGUAUUGGACGAUGACUUCGAGAUACCCGAUAACGCCCAAGUCAUCGAUUACCUUUCAUACGAUGCGGUUCUUCCGUACGUUGACGUCUUCGUGACAAACGGCGGGUAUGGCAGCUUUAUGCAUGGUGUGAUGAACGGAGUGCCCAUGGUGUUAGCCGGGACAGUUCAAGACAAGGGCGAAGUAUGCAUGCGCGGAGAAUGGGCCGGAAUCGGUAUAAACCUGCGAACCGAUACCCCCAGCCCCAAGACCAUCAAAGAGAGUGUAGAGCAGGUAUUGAGCGACCCUAAAUACAAGGCUCGGUCGGUGGUGAUUCAGCGUGAGAAUGAGGAACUUGAUUGUGUUGGCUCACUACAGCGAUAUAUCCUUGAAGACGAGUAA